AUGUCAACGAAGAACAGAUUGAAAUCGAAAGAUAAUGACAGAGAAAAUCGCAGCUCAAAAAGUGAUAAAAAGUCAACAAAAGAAAAAAGAGAUCGAUCUGCGACUAAAUCACGCCAUUCCUCGAAAGAAGCCGUUCGCCAUGAUGAUUCGGAUAAACGCCAUAAAAAGUCAUCGUCAGAUGAUAAAAGUGAUAAGAAGUCAUCAUCAAACAAUAAAGAUGACGGAAGGUCUGGCAAGGAUAAACGGCAUUCGUCUUCAACUAGAAGGCACGAAUCAAAAGGCUCAUUACGAGACACGGCAGAGAACAUCUCAACGCACGAUUCCAAGCGAACCCGACACAGCGAGGAUGAUUUCGAAGACUACAGUGAAGAUUUUGAAGAGGACACCGAGGAUGACACUAAUAAUGAAACACUGAUCCCGCAAAGAUCAAACGAAAAUGAUGCUGAUUCAAAGGGCACACUGGAAGGCAAAACAGAUGAUGAAAUCAAACAGAAAUAUGGUGAAUCACCAAUGUUAAAACGGAUUCUGAAUCGUCCACCUGAUCUUGUCGUGGAGGCCGAUAGAGCGAAUACUACUGCAAGAAAGAGAACGACGACAUCGCCGCGCAUUUCUUCAGCACAACGUAAAAUUGACUUUACGAAUGCAACUGUCACAAGUGUUGAACCUUCGGCAGAAAUGUCACAACGCUAUGAAAUGCUCAAAGAUUUAAUUGGAUUGGAGUUGGUGUAUUUUGAUUUUCUCGAAUUGAAGCCUGUUCAAACGCAAACUGGCGAUGACAAUCUUAGUCGUGAAAUACAAACUGAAGAGAUUGAAUGCGAAACAAAGUGGACCCAAUAUCCACCAGUCGAUGAAAUUGGAUGGGGAUCAGUAAUAAAUCCGAAUGCAUCAAAGGUGAUCGAUUUUAAUAAGGAGGAUUCUGAUCUUGCGAGAUUCAAGCAAAAUCAUUUGCAAUCGGAACGAUUACGCAAAUUUAUUGCCGUCUCUUCCAAGGUCAUAAUCGAUCUAAUCUCAUCUCCUAGCGAUCAACAAACACUUUCUCCAAUGAAACAUCGAUCCAAAAUGACGUUCAGUUCUGGUUACAACGUGUUCUCGAUAGAAGGAUUGGCCAGUGAUUCAAAAGUGACGUGCGUUCGACAAAGUGGUAAUCGCUUAUUGGUAGCGUUUUUUAUCAGAGAAUCGUUAGCGCAGAAUAUCGUUCGUAAAAGCCUCGCAGUGGAAUACAAAUGUACGAGACCUGAAGCACCGGAAAGGAUAAUGUUGUGCGAAGGUGAAGUGUGUUGCUGUUGUUAUUCACCGGAUGGAUCGAGUGCAAUCUUUUUUGGCCUUAAUGAUGGAAGUUGUUUAGCGUUUGAUUUACACGAACCAUCAUCUUUCUAUUCAACGACUUUACCAUGGCCUGAUUCAACGAAACAAUAUUGUCUACAAACACCCGCAUACGAUACAUCAUUCCGAAGUGUAUCCUUGAAGGAUGAUUGCGAAACUCAUGAACAAGCGCCAAUUGUUGAUAUGUGCUCAAUCGGUGACGAUGCCGAGAAUAACAUUGACGGAUCGUACCAGUUAAUUACGAUUAAUCAGCUUGGUACAAUAAUCAUUUGGGCAAUUAUCAGUGGCUCGACGAGCAACUGGGACAUUGAUCUGGGACUGCGACCUGGAGCAACAUUGAAAAUGAAUGAAAGUGACGUGAUCAAACCUGACAGGGUAAUUAUGGACAAUUCGACUUUUCAACCAGCAUUGAUCGCCAAUACAAUGUUGACGAAUCCAAAGAACAAAAAUCAGUUUUUGGUAGGCACAGAUGCGGGUUUCAUUUUAAAUCUCGUUCGAUUCAAAGGAAUUGCAUACUCGGGACCGAGAAUUUAUACGAACAAUUAUGCGCUACGGCUGAAUAUAAUUGAUGAAACUGACCCUAUGUCUGCGUGGCUUUUUAUAAUCACAGUUCCAGAUAAAUCCGAUGAAGUUCUAUGCGAAAAAUUAUCACCAUUCGACUCAUCUAUUUUAUUUGCCGGUCUAUCGAGCGGAUGCGUUGCACUCUACAAACUGCAACAACCCGAACCAGUCAUCGUUUUGAGGCCACCAAACAGUUCCCGAAAGCCAGUGAUGCAUAUUGAAUGCUCUCCGAGGUACCAGUCAGUGUUCUAUUCGAUUCAUGGGGGAAUGCAUUUGUUGGUUUGGGAUAUUGCAACUGGUAAAUCACCAAUUGCUGUAUGCGAUCUCUUGAGUGAAUUUCAUGCAAGUGUGCUUUGUACAACUGUAUGGAGUCAAAAAUCGCGACGAGGCACCGAUGAAACAGUGCUUCCUUUUUUGGCUCUUGGCUUUUCAAACGGACAGCUCCACGUACACGCGCUCGAGAAAAUGAGCAAAUCACAAACGCAGUCGUCGAUCGUCGAACUUGUCCAAACUCUGAAUAAUAAAUUGUAA